AUGUCCUUCUGUCGUUUUUUUGGUGGGGAGACCUACAAAGACCAUUUCAAACCAGGUAUAUACGUGUGCUCAAACUGUAACCAUCCAUUAUUCUCAAGUCGGUCCAAAUUCGCCCACUCAUCUCCAUGGCCCGCAUUCACAGAGACCAUCCGAGAGGACAGUGUGACCAAACUGAUGGAGAGCCUCUCAGCCUUCAAGGUUCUGUGUGGCAAGUGCGGCAACGGACUGGGUCACGAGUUUGUAAACGAUGGACCAGAAGAGGGAGUGUCCCGAUUUUGA